UGAGUAUUCUGAAAAAGAUUGCAAAAUUUCAUUAAAGAUGAUGGUACUUCAACUUUUUAUAUAUUGUUUCCAAGAAAGUAUUGGUCAGUCAACAUAGUAGUGUGUAUAAUACAGCCACGUCGCCUGAAUUUUAAUUCCCGAGAUAGUAACUGUAUUUUUCUUGUCGUUCAGUAUACCUUUUCCAUCACACUUUAUCUUCACCUAGAUAUUGAACCUAGUUGAUUACAUUUUGUAGAUAAAUCUACUUUGUUUACUUUUGAAUAAACUAUACGAUCGCGAAGAUGUCGGAUACUAAUCUUUCAGCAGUUCUUUAUAAGAAAGGUGAUCUCCGAUUGGAAGAUAGGGGUAUUCCGGAGCCUGGUCCCGGCGAAGUGCAAAUUUCUAUGCAAAAAGUUGGUAUUUGUGGAUCAGACGUAAAAUACUGGACAGCAGGAGCCAUUGGAGAUUUUAUUGUCAAAGGUCCUAUAUUACUUGGCCAUGAAGCCAGCGGAAUAGUCACCAAACUCGGUCCAAAUGUCAAAAAUCUGAAAGUUGGUGAUAGAGUAGCAAUGGAUCCACACAUCACAUGUAGAUCGUGUGAGUUUUGUAAAGCUGGGCGGUAUAACAUGUGUCCAGAUCUGUUUUUCCUGGCUACUCCCCCAGACAGUGGUGCUCUGGCAAGAUUCCAUGUUCACGCAGCAGAUUUCGUUUUCAAAUUACCAGACAAUGUUAGCUUUGAAGAAGGAGCAUGCGUUGAACCUCUAUCAGUUGGUCUCAAUGCUUGUAGAAGGGUUGGUGUCACUAUGGGAAACCAUGUUCUUAUAACUGGAGCAGGUCCAAUAGGUCUUUGUUCUCUGCUUGUGGCAAAGGCAUAUGGAGCUGCAGCAAUAUGUAUCACUGAUAUUGAUGCUAAGAGACUAGAAUUUGCCAAAACACUUGGUGCUACUCAUACCUACCUUAUAGGUAAAGAUGAUAAACCAGAAGAACUAGGUCAUAAACUAGGUCAAAUGAUGGGUGGACCACCACAUCAGACUAUAGAGUGUAGUGGGGCACAAUUUUCUGUCGAUCUUGCAGUUUAUGCUACAAGACAUGCAGGUGCAGUUGGAAUUAUUGGGCAUGGACCACCAAGAGUCUCGUUCCCAAUUGUAACUACUGUGGCUAAAGAAUUGGAUAUAAAAGGCUGCUUCAGAUAUGUCAACACAUGGCCUACACUGAUUGAGAUGAUAGCUGCUGGACAAAUCAAUGUCAAACCAAUCAUUACGCAUAACUUCACCAUUGAGGAAACUUUACAAGCAUUCGAGACUGCUAAAAGUGGUGCUGGCAUCAAAGUGAUGAUAGAUUGUGCAAAGAAAAUGGCUUAAAUUUUAAUUUAAGGAAAUAAUGCGACUGAAUGGGUUUCGCAAUAAUAAAGGCUUGCAUUCCGAUACAUACAUCUGUAUGCAGAUGUUCCUGAAAUGGCAAGAAUAAAUCUCACACUUGACCAUUAUUCUUCACAAUUCCCAAUAAUAAAUGCACACAAAAGUUUCAAACUUUAUGAGUUUAUCCUUAAUUUCAUUAUGAAGUCUAAAGAACAUUUAUUAAAGAUCUUAUUUAACUUUGAAACUUGUUGCUUAUUAUUUAUGUUAUGUUGAGAUCUGUAUUGUCUUUUUUAACAUAUGCUUUUCAACCUGAUAUGCAUGUUACUUAUUUCAUAAUCCAUCCAGAACUUGAUUUAAUUGGCUUAUGCUUUUUUUUUCAUUAAUCUGAAAUUUUGAUUGUCAUUAUGAAUUUCUAACAAGGAGUUGUAUGAAAAGUAACAAUGUAAGAAAUAAAGAGAAAAAACUCGCAAAUACUUAUAAUAAUAAAUAUUUCCAAAAGGA